UGCACUCAUACCUUUUGAGCGCUACUACACAACACUGUGAGGGACUCGGCCAUGCAGACGCCAUUAGCCCUUUGUGUCCUGGUGACCACAUGCUUGUCCCUAGUGGCUGGGGAUGUGGUGGCCAACUUCUACGACAUCCCAGAAUGCUAUGAGUUUUUCCACAAGGGUAGAAUUCCUGACCUGGGGAAAGACAGGCCUGGAGUGGUUCACAUCUGCCAUCGUUUCCACAACCAGUACCACUUUGCCACGCUGUACGACACACAUCACCGCAUCGCCGUCUACUCUGCAUACAUCUUUGAGGCCAGCAAUGGAGGAGGCAGGGAGAAGCGCUGGUUCGUAGAGCCCCAGCUGGUGAACUCCUCAUGGAACGGAGAAAUGAGAGAUGGGUACUGGCUCGGGCAAGAUAACCCUGGUAUUUACCUGGGAGAGAAUCAGGCUCUGAAUGAAGACUACACACACUCUGGGUUUGACCGAGGACAUCUCAACCCCAAUGGCCAUCACGCUGUUCCAGGACGGAACUCUACAUUUACCCUCACAAAUGUGGUUCCCCAGAAUCGUAAUCUCAAUCAGAAUGCCUGGCGCAUCUACGAGUCCAAGCUCACAGAGAAAUUCCAAGGUUCUACAUGCUGGCAGGCCCAUGUCCUGGUAGGCGCCAUCCCCUCUGCAAACAACUGGAUUGUGAAGAACAACCAAAAGCGUGUCAACAUCCCAGAGUAUAUCUGGAACGCCUACUGCUGCAUGAAUGGCUACGGCAGGCCUGCUUUCAGUGGGGGAGCCACGGCACUCAACACCGAGCAGAAUAUUGUGGUGGAACGUACUCUGGAUGAGAUGGUUGACUUCCUCCAGCAGUACUCCAACACACCUGUAGGGGCUCUGUUUCGCGAACAGUGUACGGUGUAGUGGUGGGCUAAAUAAUUGUUUAAAAUAGCAGUGGAACUCGAUAUGUGCUUUGAGUGAAGUCAAACCUUGGGUUUAGACUGAAACAAUUAAAUAGCCUUACAUUA